GGUCAUCGGAGCGCCAGGGUAUCAGAUAGUUGAGGAGGACGAGGAGUUCGGCUGGAACGACGAGGAGGAUUGGGAGCCCGACUGGAUCGACUCUGAGGUUGAGGACGCCGAGUCGGGAGAGGAUCUCGACAUCACCGACGCUCAUUUCCCAAGGAUAGGGGUCGCCAUCAGGACUUGGAGAGGCCGACAAAGCGAUUGAGCGGAUGUGGCACUCUGAGGCGGUAGAGGAGUUCCCUGUCAUCGAUUGGCGGGGGCCGUAUGAGCCUCCAGAGUUAGUGGAGGGAGAGCUGGUGGAGUUCACACUUCCCGCACGUCCUGUUCACGAGAGCGAUCACAGUCAUGGAUGGCGAUCGCUGCUUCUUUGCCCAGGCGCUUGGCUAUGGAUGCAUCGGGAGGUCGAUGGCAUGAGAGACGCAGGAGGGAAGCUUAUUGAGGAGGCCAGCUGGGGUACAGUGCGGGCAUUCUUAUUCCUUAGCACAGAGGUCGCGAGGGGCGUUGUGCUAUCUCUCGCUGUCUCAGGGUCGAGCGCCGUGAUAGACUGUGCUGAGCGGUAUCUCCAAGAGGAGGUGGGCCGUUUUCGACAAGACGAGCGUGCGUAUGUGAGGAGAUGGCCACGUAGGAUCCCUGGGGUUAGGGAUAUCACAGGAGAACUCCGGAUUGCACGAUUGGGAUUCUUUCCUUAUUCCUACAGACGAUUGAGAACGACAGUGCCUGCAUAUGUGGUCGACGAGCUGUUCGGAGGAGUAGGAGGAGUGGUCGAGCCAUAUUUAGCGCUGCGAGAGCUCAGUGUUUUCUCCCGGAGUGAUCUUGACUCGGACUUUAUAUAUUACUCCCUGUUGACUGGCGUAUUGCGCUGGGGUGACAAGAGAUUACAGUUUAUAGAGCUGGUCCGGUCCAUAUCGCCGACACAAUAUAGGGACUUUGCAAAUGAGAGAUCAUCGGCUUGGAGGAGAGCUCCACGGACAUAUGUAUGGGAUCUACUGGAUAGGGAGAUCAGAGCGGGGCCAUAUUACGUAGCAUCCAUGGGACGACUCUUUGAUGAGGACUGGGGGGCUUGGUGGAGCAGUGCGCUUCUCUGUCCGCGACUGAUCAAAAGAUACUAUGAGUAGGGAGGCGCGCCAGGAUGUGUCAUAGAGCUGGGGGCGGAGCGCGUCGAGGCCGCGCCACAUGAGGAG